UCAGUAUAACGGUAUACGUCGGCGAUUGAAGAACGCAAAGAGCUUCGAACGAGAAAAGUCAAAUACUCUUAAUUGGCAGCAGCCCCACAAGUUUCCAUAACUGAAUUUCACUGCAAUCACAAAACUGAAAGAAAAGUGCAACAUUUGACAUUUGUGGCAGCCGGUGCAGGUGCAGUUGGCAUUCAAAUAUCCGAGCGCAAAGUGUCGAGAGUCCAAUUCCAGUUGAGGAAAUUGCAAAGAAGAUAGAAAAUAUUGCACGCCCACGCGAAUUCUGUGGCCAGCAGCUGCCUUCUAAUUGUAUGCCUGUGUGUGUGUGUGUGUGUGUCCGUGUGUAUUGGUGUGAAAAUCAAUAAACUCUAAAGGCUGAAAGGGCAACAGCAGCUAUGCACGGCUCGCAUUAACACCGGCCAUAUGGUAACCAGUUGCCAAGUGUCUAUACCAAAGUGUUAAUUGAAAAAGCGAAGAAAAACAAUUAAAUUGUUAAAAACCAUUAAAACGGCAAUAAACAGUUAAGAGAACGAGAGUGAAACGUACUACAAUAUGGCGAAGCGGAUGGAAAUAAGCUGCGCACUGAUUGCAAUACUCAUGUGCAGCAUAUUGGGUCACUGCGAGAUGUCCGUUUACCCAGGUCUUCGCCGGCGGCCUAUACAGCCCUCGGCUAUGGAGCCGCAGCGUUAUGAGCAGCUCAUGGAGGAUCACGCUAGACGCCGACUGCAGCAGCAAUUCGAGCAGCAGCUGGAGCUGAUUAAUCAGCAGCUGUUGCGUCAGCGGCAAUUGCUUAAGAACGAACAGUAUCGUCGGCAGCAGGAGGAGGCCAAGGUGUUGGCCGAGAUGAAGAACGAUUACGACAGCAACAACAACAACUUGAAUAAUCAAUAUGACCAAUACGACAAUGUGGAGGGGGAUGCCGCAUAUGGCAGUCCGCUGGAUACGGUGCCCGAUAUGAUGCGACAGCCGAUGCCCAAUUUCGAUAGCCUGGAUAAUAACUACAAUCGCAUUAUUCCGAGUCAGUCGCGUGGCCGCAUCGCCUUUGCCGUGGGUCCCAAUGAUGCGCGCUUCUUUGAUACGGCCAACGAUUUGUCGGGUGAGCUCGACUCUCGUGCCCUGGACGACUAUGAGGAGUAUGCACCGGCACCGGACGCCGGCUCCGAGGUAGUGACCGCCAAAAGCAAGCCCCAAUCACCUGUGCAGUCCUCGCCAAAGCAGGAGCCACCCAAGCUCCUGGACACGGCCAUCGCCAACUUCCAUCGCAUUAAGCCGCAAUCGGCAGCUGCUGCCGCAGUGGCCGGCGUCAAUCUGCCCCAGACCAAGGAGUCGCCCAACGAGAUAAAUGCACUGAUUGAUAAGCUGCAAAAGCAAAGCAAGUCCCCGCAGUCGGCCUAUGCAGUCAACACAGGUGAUGCCAACGAGCAGCUCGUCCUGCGUCAGCAUCUGGGCAUGAACAGUGAGAUGGGCGUCUACCUUGUCGCCCUCAUUGCGGGUGUCAGUGCGGCGGUAACUGUGGGACUUCUGGCACUGGGCGUUACUUGGUUCCACAAUCGCAGCAAAGCCGCUGCAGACGUCGAUUAUCCAGCCUAUGGUGUAACCGGUCCCAACAAGGAUGUCUCACCGUCGUGCGAUCGCAAGCUGGCGCAGAGCGCUCAAAUGUAUCACUAUCAGCAUCAGAAGCAACAGAUCAUAGCCAUGGAGAAUUGCCAGGCGACCGACGGCAGCUGCGGCCUGUCCGACGUGGAGAGCGACGACGACAACGAGGAGGGCGACUACACUGUCUAUGAAUGUCCCGGCCUGGCGCCAACUGGCGAAAUGGAGGUCAAGAAUCCGCUCUUCCUGGACGAGACGCCGGCCACACCAGCGGCCAGUGUCAAUGCUAAUGCUAAUGCCAGUGCAAAUGCCAACAAUGCUAACAGCGCAGCUCCCAACAACAACAUUACGCAAGCCACGCCCCAGCAGCCAGCCACACAGAAGAAGGGAACGGUUAAGCCGAAUAUGAAUCUGUUGAAUGCUGCGGCCAAUGCAGCUGCCGCUGCUGCUGCCAAAGCCUCUGCUAGCGACGAGAAGAAGGAGAAGCGCAAGAGCAAGAAGUAAAUUGUGUGCGAAAGGGACAACAGACAGUCCGCUUCUAUCUAUCUCUUUAUAUCUCCAUCUGUCUCUCUCUCUCUCUCUCUCUGUCUCUCUUGGCCUGGCUUGGUUAAGUAGAACUGAUCCAUUUUGUCAGCCAACUGUUACACAUGAGACACACCCACACACACACAUACAUAUAUACACAGGUACGCGUAUGUACAUAACACACACUCACACAAACACACACACACACAGAUACGCGCGCGUUUGUAUAGAUUAUGUAUUCCUAAAGAAAGUCGCUGGAAUUAAAUUCCUCGAGUCAACAACUAGCUUGAACAGCACAAAGAAAUCUCUCUCAACUUCCUUGCCCUCACUUUUGAGUGUAAGUCCUGAACUUAUUAUGUAUAUGCAUUAUGUAUCGUUAUCGUAUCGUAUCAUAAUCGUGCAUUGCUAUGGUGUAAGACAUGCAUAUAAUGUGAGCCCGCCCCCUGACCGCCGCCCCACUUCCUCCGUCCUUGACAUGCCCCCCUUUUUGUUGCAAUUGUUACCUGCUGUGUGCAUCGAAGUCGAGUCGAGUCGAGUCGAGUUGAGUUCAGUUGAGUCGAAUCGACCGAGUCCAGCUAUUGCGCAGCAUUACCUGCUGUGCGGCUGUCAAUCAAAAGCAGAAUAUAUUGCACAAAUAAUAACACAUUCAUAAUGAAAUGACGAGCCUCCCUCUCCCCCACACCCGCGCUCCUGAUGCAUCAUAUGCUACUGAUUCAAUUUAAAUACAAUCCAAACAAUGUGUACUUAUUUAUAUUGUAUUGUAUUUUAACAUUUUAUUGUACUUUAUAUCAACACACUAACAAGAAUCAAUUUUUGAGUAAAAACAAACUAUUUUAAAGUCUGCGUAUUGGCAUUGGAACAAGAAAAAGAAAACACACAUACAUAUAAAAUUAAAACGUAAAUUAUAUAUUAUUAUAAUUAUUAUAUACAUGCAUGUAUGUAUGUAAUAUAUACCCUAUUUGUGUAAUUAUUGUAACAUACUUAUAUACAAAAGCCUAACGAAAUUAAUUACUUAUGGUAUUUUCCCCGACUCCCCCUUCCCCUAUCCACCAAAAAGGAUAAACAAAAUUGAUUUACUAAUACUUUUUUAUCGUACUACGCUUUGUGAUCUUCAAUUAUCUGUGUCAAUUUAGAAAUACAAUUCUGGUAACCAAAAACAAACACACAUACAUAAACAUAUAUGUAUAUGUGUACACUUAUAUGUAAAUCAUAUAUAUAUGUAUAUUGGAACUAUUUGAAAGGCGUUGAAUUAUUUACAAGUAUAACUUAACAAUAAUUUCCAGCACAUUCAUGUAAAGUAAAUGAAAAACGACUGAAAACACACACAAAAAAUACGCGUCUAUUGUACAAACAAAAAUGAAAAGAAAAUAUGAAAGAAAACUAACGAAAUUUAUUUAUUAAUUAGCGACAAAUUUAACGAAACCAAAAUUAAAUGUAGCUGCUCCACGUUCCAAACAAAAAGAAGAAGAAA